GGGCGUGGUUUAGAGGCAGGGGCGUGCCCACCCGAGGCCCCGCCGCGUCCCCUUGACCCUCCGGCAGGAAAUGGCGGCUCCGGCCCUCGCCCGCUGCGUGGCCCGGCCAGGCGUGCUGCCCCUCGGUGCCCGGCCCCAGGCGUGGGGCAGAGCCGCCCGGCUGCCCCCCGGCCCCCCGCCCGCCCAGCGCCGCGCCUUCAGCAACAGCAAGGUCCUGGUGGAGCUGGACGAGAGCGCAGGUGUAGCUACGAUGAAGUUUAAGAGCCCUCCGGUUAACAGCCUCAGCCUGGACUUCCUCACCGAGUUUUGCAUAAGCCUGGAGAAGCUGGAGAACGACCGGGCCUGCCGGGGCGUGAUCCUCACAUCCGCCGUCCCCAAAAUCUUCUCGUCUGGCCUGGACAUCACCGAGAUGUGUGGGAAGAGCACGGAGCACUAUGCUGAGUUCUGGAGGGCCGUGCAGGAGAUGUGGCUCCGGCUGUACAGCUCCAACAUGGUGACAGUCGCUGCAGUCAAUGGAUCCAGUCCGGCUGGAGGCUGUCUCAUUGCCUUGACGUGUGACUACAGAAUCAUGGCAGAGAACCCCAAAUUCAGCAUUGGCCUGAACGAAGCCCAGCUGGGCAUUGUGGCUCCCUUCUGGUUUAAGGACACAUUUGUCAGCGUUGUGGGACAUCGAGUUGCUGAACGUUCCCUGCAGCUGGGCUCCCUCCACUCUGCACCUGAGGCCCACAGGAUUGGCCUUGUGGACGAGCUGGUGCCAGAGGAAAAGCUGAAGGAGAGGGCCACGGCCGUUAUGCAGCAGUGGCUGGCCCUUCCCGACCAUGCCCGUCAGCUCACCAAGACCAUGAUGAGGAAGGCAGUGCUGGACCGCCUGGUCGCUCACCGGGAAGAAGACGUUCAGAACUUCAUCAGCUUCAUCUCCAAAGAGUCCAUCCAGAAGUCCCUCCGCAUGUACAUGGAGAUGCUGAAGAAGAAGAAGAGCUGAGGAGCCAGCCAGCUGGGGCUUGGUCCCAGGAGCUUUUGUGACCCUCCAAAGCACUGCGGUAGCUGUAGACUUUCACGUUGAAGCCGUCUGCAGCGUCAGCGCUUGGUGAAGUGCUGCCUGCUCCUGUGGCUGCCCCAACCAGCCCUUCCCGGUAGUCCCCAUAGAGUGCCUGACACCGCUGCUGCCUUCCUGAGAGCGGGGAGAGCUGCUUGCUCAGCUCACCCAAGGAACAGACAGGGGGAGUCUUGACAGCACUGCAGCCUCAGCCUGCGGGUCCCUGGGUGUCCUCCCUCCUGUCCAACAGCUAAUUGCGAAAAUGAAAUUUGUCAAUAAAGUCUUUGAUGAGGUAGG